AUGACUGACCAGUCGCAGGCCCGGAAAACACGGAAAACACUUCCCCAAGCGAUCAAGGUCGCACAGCCCUUCGUUAUUGAAGCAAAAAGCGAAACACCGCCCCUUCCCACCGCAAUCGAGUCGAGAGGAUAUAAAGAAAUGGUCUCUGGAGAUGCGCGAGCAGGAGGUUGCUACGUGGACAGUCGCCAGCUCUACGCCGGAGACGACUGUGCCGUACUCACUUUGCAGCAUCUGAGGUGGCUUUUGGUGCACAUUCAAGGCUUGUCACCCGCCGAGUCUUAUCCUUAG